AUGGGAGAAAAUACUAUUGUAUACUCGGCUGUGGAGCCAGAGCCAGGUCAAGCACAACGAACAACACGCAUCCAUGGACGCGUCAAGGAAAUCUCUAUCGCCUUUGCGGUCAUGACUGUGCCCAUGCUAGCCUUCUCUGCAGCUCUGGUCGGCCUGGUCUUCUACUUCCGAGUCACCCAAAAUGCUUUCGUGUCUGAGGAUCUUGCUUUCGACCCACAGCGCGAUGCAAGCGUCUUCUUUGUCGACAUCAGCGCGACCACGCUCAUCACGGUUGCGUCGUGGUCGAGUACGGCGGCGCCGAUCCUGGUCGGCUUCGCUGUGACUCUAGUCUCGUAUCCCAUCGCGAGUCGGAUACUCUCGGCGUCUGUGAAACAAGAUCAGCGCCAGCUGCCCACCCCGUUUGAGUUCUCGCUACUAUUGAAGAUGCUAUCUAGUGGAUCCCCUUCAGCCUUGUGGAACUGGGUGGAAUACUCGUUCAGUUGGAGAGGUCGACGAGCUCGUCAGGGGAGCGCGAUCAAGACUCUGACUUGCAUACUGACUCUGGCGGUUCUUCUCAGCACCUUCGUAUUGGCCGCUGAUACUUGGCUACACUUCACCACUAAGACAGUCCCCUUUACUCAGGUCCAAACAACUUCAGACACUCCCGAGCUCGGCUUUGGUGUCUACGACAACUGCACGGAUGUCGACCGGACAUACUCCAUGAUCUGCAAUAUGAACAAUCCCGCCUCUGGUGCAACCCUCAUGGGUAAUGGUCCCGUCGAAGUGCUGUCCAAUGUUUCCGAUAGCAUGUUGGUGCGGACGCAUUCUACUGGAGACGAUCAGUACGCGUACGUGGUGAGCGCAAAGCUACCGCAAAUGGCAUCCGUCGAUUACAGCGCCAGUUCGUACGCUGUGCAGACUCAAUGCACACCUGUGACCAGCAGUUGCAUGGACGCUGAAGGUGCAUACGGCCUGGGCGUACCCUUCCACUGUCCUUUCCAAUUCCAGGGCAUCGCAGAUACAAGCGUUGGCUCGGCAAAUUCGGUCAAAAUGGCGUACUUCACCGAUUCCUCUGGCAACAACAACGACACUUCCCUUGUCUCCGUAGGCAAUCCUUACUACCACGCCACUGUUGCUGUGGUCAACAUGCGUAAUGGGCCGAGUUCAGCCCUGGUCAGCGAUCCACAGAUCGUCAAGGGCGUCCACGGCGGUUCUACCAUCAUCGCUUUGUUCUGUACGUCCACCGUCUACGACCUCGAGUAUACAUCUGUCAACGGCAGCAUCACCCGCUUCGUCACGAGCCCAAGCAACACUUCCAUGGCAAACAUUCUUCAAGGGACACAAAGACUCACCGAAGCCGGAGAUGCAAAUCUUGUUCAAGCUGCAAGUGUUGCCGGUCUAGGAGAUUCAGCCCAAGCAAUCUCCGACCAGUUCGCCCUCUCCUACAGCCAGACUGCGCUCGCCGUCGCCUCAGGGGCCUUCGAGCCACGCCUGGCGCUUGAGGCUCAGUCGAGAGAAAACAUGCUGGUAGCGCGCGUCCCUAAGGCCCCACUGACAUGUCUGCUCGUUGCCAACGUGUCGCUGGUAGUGCUGGGAAUUAUCCUCGCCAUCGUGGCAAUAUCCUGCAGCCACGACGCAAAUGAGGUCCAGGCACGGCUUGGCAUUCCUGCACUGGUGGCGACCCUUUUCGAAGAAGCGAGGAUCCGCGCACCCGUUCAGAAGGUGGACGACAUGUUCGAGGAGAGUCGGGGGCAGCAGUCCGCACGUGUUGGUUUUGUGAGGUCGCAUCACGGGGCUUGGGUGCUGAGUAGGAUCCCGUCUUGA